AUGUACUAUUAUAGUGAUACUAGGAAUUCACAUCCGGUUUCUGCUCUAUUUCUUCUUCUCGCUUUUGGAUUAGGGUUUUUGAAGAUUUCUUUAGUGAUUUUAACAGUGCCUGUGAUUGCUGACUUUCAACUUCAUGGUCUCGCUGCCUUGCAUUUUUCAAAGAAAUCGGCGUUCUUUGAGCUGCAUGUGGAUUUUCUUUCUGCUGGUGGAUGUAGUUCCUCUACAUUCAGCGACGUCGACAACAAUUCAGAACUGAUUAGGGCAGAUAGAGAUAGUUAUGAAACUGAUGGAAAAGAAAUUGUUAAACCUCUUCUGUCCGAUGGGUGGGAGAAUGUUUUUGAUGAUCCUAACAAGCUUUUUCGUGGUGGUGUUGAUGCUGUUCGGUUGGCCUGUCAAAAGUAUUGUUUGAAGACUGGGUAUCGCGUAACAAAGGUGAAGAAUGAUCGUGAAAGGAUAAAAAAGUAUGUUGGGAGGCACACUUGUGGAGCUGGUGUGAAGUUGAGAAGUCCUAAAGUAUCGAAGAAGCUGUUUAACGAUGCAACUCAGACAUUUGAAAGGUUAUUCAUCGCAAUAGGCGCUUGUAUUGAAGGUUAUAGACUUUGUCGACCAAUGAUUUUUGUUGAUGCAACUUUUCUGACCGGGAGAUUUAGAGGUACCCUUAUGGCUGCUACUUGUCUGAAUGGGAAUCAAGGUUUUUAUCCGCUAGCCUUUGCAUUGGUCCCAGGAGAGGAUGUUGACAAUUGGGAUUGGUUUAUGUGCAAUCUUAGCAACAUUGUUGAUGACCGUCCUAUCACCUUUAUGUCUGAUCGUCAUGAAGGAUUGUUGAGGGCUAUUCCUAAACACUUUCCUACUUCCCAUCAUGGCUAUUGUUACUACCACUUGCAAGGAAACUUACCAAUCAGGAAAUCGGACGAGAAGUACAAAGAAGUUAUGGCUUGUUUCAAAAAAGCAACUUAUGCUCUCACACCAGCAAGAUAUGAAGAAGCACUAAUGGAAAUGGAGUUAAUGGGAAGGCCUGGGGUUGCUGAGUAUUGCCGCAAUAUGCCUAGGGAACAUUGGUCCAGCGCGUUCUUCACUGGCUGUAGAUUUGGUCAGACUACAUCAAGCGUUGCUGAGUCCUUCAAUAAUUGGAUUCGGAAAGACAAGAGGUUGCCUGCCUGCGCCCUCGUUGACAUGAUCAGGUUACGCGUUAUGGAGUUGAUGAAUGAACGUCGCGAAAUGAGUCUUUUGAUGGACCCAGAGAAGCUCACUCCUACCUACGAGGCGUUACUUAAAGAACAUAUUCAAAUUGGUCGAGUUUGGAAUGUUACUCAGUCAUCUGCGUAUGAGUAUGAGAUUCAUUCGCCUAGGUCUCACACUGUUGAUCUGCUGAACAAGACUUGCACCUGCCAAAGAUGGCGUGUUUAUGGUUUUCCAUGCUCUCAUGCUACAGCAGCUAUAUCUGCCAAGGGUGAUCGAUACGUAGAUUAUAUCGAAGACUACUUCAAAGUUACAAAUUUUCAGCAGCUGUAUUCAAUUGCUAUCAGACCAAUCCCCAACUACAACAGGCCAGAGCAGUAUCUGCCAGAGGAUACUAUUUUUCCACCCCAUCCACGAGUUCCACCAGGUAGGCCAAAGGGAAAUCGUAUCAAGAAUGCAUGGGAGAAAGCUAGGAAGUCCGUCCGUUGUUCCAACUGA